GUUAUUUUUUUUCCUGCGCAAUCCCACUUAUGAUACAUUCCUUAUUUUCCCAUAGUAAAUAUGUAAGUAGCAUCAUUGCCCUGACAGCUAACUGACUAAUUGUGGCUAAUGCUCGUCGCACUGAUGUGACGACACACUUCCGGUUUGGGACGUCUUGUGUUAUUAGCCUAGCCGUUGAAUAAAUGACUAAACUUAAUCAUCAGAGGAAUAAUGGAGGCGAUGGUGAUAAUAUCUUGACUUAUUUAUUUAUACGUAACCCACUGUUUUUAUUAGCGUUAGCUUUUGUGCUAACGUUAGCUAACCGUGUCACCUUGUGACGUACAAUUCGCGGGACGAGUCUGGCUCCUUCACGGUUUGAAUCCUGCUGUGAGAUGUUGACGUGUAAACAGAAGUUAACUCAGCAUUUAACAAAGUGAAAAACCACACAGUGUCAAACACCAGUACGACAUAAGUAGAUCCCCAGUUUGUUUUCGCUGAAGCAUGUUGAUGGUUUUCAUCGGCGGAUCCACUUCCCGUGUCUGUUGUGAAACCGACCCGCCACCAUGCAGACCAAAGAGGAGGCUGUCGCCGUUUUAAAGUCGUUCGACAUCGGAGACAAGUUCUCCGACCUGCCGGUGCUGCCCAGAGCCUCCGUGCUGAUCCCUCUGUUCGUGAGGGAUGGAGAGCUGCACACCCUGAUGACUCUGCGCUCAGCGGAGCUGAGGACCAACGCCGGACAGGUGUGUUUCCCCGGUGGGAAGAAAGACCCUGAGGACAGAGACGAUGUGGACACGGCCCUGAGGGAAGCUGGAGAGGAGAUCGGUCUGACAGCUGAUGGGGUUGAGGUGGUCUGCAGACUGUUCCCUUUCAUGCAUAAGAGCGGUCUGCUGGUGACUCCGGUGGUUGGAUUCAUAGAGGAGUCAUUUCGUCCCUGUCCAAACCCGGCUGAGGUCAGCGCCGUGUUCACCGUCCCUCUGGACUUCUUCAUCAGCGAGAAGGGACACAGCGCCGCCCACGGUGCUGCUGGGACGGUGGGGUCACUGCACUCAUUUUAUUUUGUGGACACUGAUUCAGGAAGCCAAUAUCACAUAUGGGGCAUGACAGCCAUGUUGGCCAUACUGGUGGCUGCACUCGCUCUUGGGAAGAAACCGGAGUUUGACGUUGGUUUUGACUUAGAGGAUCCUUUAUCCUUCUUCCAACAGACUUUACAGAGAAGAAUUAAUAAAUUAUGACAGUUCAUGUAAUGCAUUUGUGCCAGCACCUAAUGCCUAAAGCCAGAUUUGUUAUUUAACUACAUUGUAUUAAUUUGCUGCAUUAAUUAUAGGUGUAAAUGUGUAAAUGGAAACAUACAUGCAAUAUGUUUAAAAAGAUUAAUGUAAGCAUUGAUUUGCACACCUUUUUACUGUGAAUGUUUAAAGUUAAAAGUUAAAAAAGAUGAAAAUCAAGACACUUGUAUUUUUAUUAAUUCAUUUAAUGUAGCAGCAGGAUUACAGAUAUAAACAGAAGAGUAUACAAAUGUCCAGACCAAGGCAAAGUACAUGUUAAUAAUAGUUCAGAUGUAUGAUAACACACUGGGGUUGACCUUUAUCCCUACUGCAGGGUCUUAAGGCUAGAUACUAAAGCUCAAGCUACACAGAACGGAUACAACAGAACUGUUGGAGAAUGUGAAAUUGAAAGCGAACUAGGAAACGUGAGCAAACUGAUUACACACAAGAUACAGCUCACACUAUUGGCAAGUAACGGUUAUCAUGGUUGCUCCAUUUGAUCAAGCAGUUCACAGCAACAAUAGUAAUGUUGACAAGCACAUCAGUACAAGAAAGCUCUCCAUAAAACAAUCUCCACGGUCUUGUCCCUUUUACCUCACAUCUACAAAUCUCAUGAGGCAUGGAAAAAACAUUUUCAACAGAAAAUAAUGAACAAGAUGACAAUUCACCGGUGAAGCUGCACAACAUCACGUUGACAGUGCUCAUUUUGAUAUCUUGCAUUGGAUUUCCAGAGUGAAAAUGUAAUCGCUAAAAUAUAUUGGUGUGGGCUAUGGUUGCACUUGUGUUGUUGAAAUAAAAAUUCUAAUCACUGAAAA